GAGGGUGGCCUGGGGGCUGGGGUGCCAGGGACACCAUCGCCACUGGUGGGAGGGCAGGGCACAGCCCCUCCGUGUCCCUUUGUCUCUCCUGUCUGAAGGCCAGAGCAGGCUGCUAGGCCUGGGGCCACCACUGCCCCUGGGUAUACACUCAGUGUGCUGGGUCACUGAGAACUUCCUGAAGUGGUGUCACCUGAGCUGGGCCCCCAAGGAUGGGGUGCGGGCAGUACCGCAGGAAGAGGAGCAGACCCUAUGAAGAUUGAGAGCUGCCAGGGGCUCUGUGAUUGGCUGCGGGACGACGGCCCGCGCACGGAUUGGCUGCUUCGGGCCGGGGGGCCGGGCCCGGGGGACAGAAUCCGCCCCCGAACCUUCAAAGAGGGUACCCCCGGCAGGAGUUGGCAGACCUAGAAGGUGCGACAGACCCGCAGGGCAAACGGACUGGGGCCGAGGGCCGGGAGCGCGGGCGCAAAGGCACUAGGGCCCGCCCAGGGCGCCGCGCAGCACGGCCUUGGGGGUUCUGGGGGGCCGUCGGGCUCGCGUCUCUCCUUUAGCCAUGGGGUCCGCAGCGUUGGAGAUCCUGGGCCUGGUGCUGUGCCUGGUGGGCUGGGGGGGUCUGAUCCUGGCUUGUGGGCUGCCCAUGUGGCAGGUGACUGCCUUCCUGGACCACAACAUCGUGACGGCGCAGACCACCUGGAAGGGGCUGUGGAUGUCGUGCGUGGUGCAGAGCACGGGGCACAUGCAGUGCAAGGUGUACGACUCGGUGCUGGCUCUGAGCACCGAGGUGCAGGCAGCGCGGGCGCUCACCGUGGGCGCCGUGCUGUUGGCGUUCGUUGCGCUCUUCGUGACCCUGGCGGGGGCGCAGUGCACCACCUGCGUGGCCCCGGGCCCGGCCAAGGCGCGUGUGGCCCUCACGGGAGGCGUGCUUUACCUGCUUUGCGGGCUGCUUGCGCUCGUGCCACUCUGCUGGUUCGCCAACAUUGUCGUCCGCGAGUUCUACGAUCCGUCUGUGCCCGUGUCGCAGAAGUACGAGCUGGGCGCAGCGCUGUAUAUCGGCUGGGCGGCCACCGCGCUGCUCAUGGUAGGCGGCGGCCUCUUGUGCUGCGGCGCCUGGGUCUGCACCAGCCGUCCCGACCUCAGCUUCCCCGUGAAGUAUUCGGCGCCGCGGCGGCCCACGGCCACCGGCGACUACGACAAGAAGAACUACGUCUGAGGGCGCUGGGCACGGCGGGGGCCCUCCUGCCAGCUACGCCUGCGAGGCGUUGGAUGAGCCUGGGGAGCCCCGCAUGGACAGGCGGCUUCCGCCAGGUAGCGCCGCGCGCAGGCACCGCGGAACGUCCGGCUCUGCACCCCGACGCGGUUCCUGGAUGGGCUCCUGCCUGCGCCCGCAGCUGACCCUCUCCUGCCACCAGCCGGGCCCUGCCCUUAACAGACGGACUCGGACAGUUUCCUUUUCUGUGCGCGGCGCUGUUUCCACAGGCAGAGCGGGUGUCAGACUGAGGAUGCCGCUUCCCCUCCAAGACGCUGGGGGUCUUGGCUGUUGCCUUACUUCCCAGAGGCUCCUGCUGACUUCGGAGGGGCGGAUGAAGAGCCCAGGGACCCCACCGGAGAGAUGUGUACAGCUGGUCUUUACCCCAUCAGCAGGGCCCGAGCCCAGGGGCCAGUUACUUGGCCUGGACCUCCUGGUCUCACUCCAACAUCUCCCCAGGCAAGGCUUGUGGGCACCGGAGCUUGAGAGUGGGCGGGAGUGGGAAGGCUAAGAAUCUACUUAGUAAAUGGUUUGAACUCUC